AAAGUUAAAAAAAAAAAAAAAAACUUUACCUAAAUUGUUUUUACUUGCUUCACCUUAAAUCAGUUAUUCGGUUCCUUUGAAGAACAUGUUGCUUUAGCAACCCCCAAAGUGAAUCCAGAUACCCAGGACUACUGAUUGUUACAUCAGAGUUUUUGAAACUGCCAACACUGGAAACAGGCCGACAGUUAAGGAGAGGCGGGCGGGACUGAAGCAGAGCCCGAGAACGGGGCUGGAGGUCCCAGGGUCCCGGGUUGGUGGGGGUGGAGCAGCACUUCAUCGCCGCGGGGGUGCUGGGACUCCGGCCGCAGUGCCGCCACCAUCAUGGACUUCCUGUGGGACAAGUGCACGGGCCUGGCCGCCAGAACGAUGCCUCAUCCUCGAAGGUACCAUUCCUCAGAGCGAGGCAGCCGGGGGAGUUACCGUGAACACUAUCGGAGCCGAAAACAUAAGCAACGAAGAAGCCUUUCCUGGUCAAGUAGUAGUGACCGGACACGACGGCGCCGGCGAGAGGACAGCUACCAUGUCCGGAGGAGGUGCAGCCGGACAUUUAGCCGCUCGUCUUCGCAGCACAGCAGCCGCAAAGCCAAGAGUGUAGAGGACGACGCUGAGGGCCACCUCAUCUACCACGUCGGGGACUGGCUACAAGAGCGAUAUGAAAUCGUUAGCACCUUAGGAAAGGGGACCUUCGGCAGAGUUGUACAAUGUGUUGACCAUCGCAGGGGUGGGGCUCGAGUUGCCCUGAAGAUCAUUAAGAAUGUGGAGAAGUAUAAGGAAGCAGCUCGACUUGAGAUCAACGUGCUGGAGAAAAUCAACGAGAAAGACCCUGGCAAGAACCUCUGUGUCCAGAUGUUUGACUGGUUCGACUACCAUGGCCACAUGUGUAUCUCCUUGGAGCUUCUGGGCCUUAGCACCUUCGAUUUCCUCAAAGACAACAACCACCUGCCCUACCCCAUCCACCAAGUGCACCACAUGGCCUUCCAGCUGUGCCAGGCUGUCAAGUUCCUCCAUGAUAACAAGCUGACACAUACAGACCUCAAGCCUGAAAAUAUUCUGUUUGUGAAUUCAGACUAUGAGCUCACCUACAACCUAGAGAAGAAGCGACAUGAGCGCAGUGUGAAGAGCACAGCUGUGCGGGUGGGAGACUUCGGCAGUGCCACCUUUGACCAUGAGCACCAUAGCACCAUUGUCUCCACUCGCCAUUACCGAGCACCAGAAGUCAUCCUUGAGUUGGGCUGGUCACAGCCGUGUGAUGUGUGGAGUAUAGGCUGCAUCAUCUUUGAGUACUAUGUGGGCUUCACCCUCUUCCAGACCCAUGACAACAGACAGCAUCUAGCCACGAUGGAAAGGAUCUUGGGUCCUAUCCCUUCCCGGAUGAUCCGAAAGACAAGAAAACAGAAAUAUUUUUACCGGGGUCGCCUGGAUUGGGAUGAGAACACAUCAGCUGGGCGCUAUGUUCUUGAGAACUGCAAACCGCUGCGGCAGUAUCUGACCUCAGAGGCAGAGGAAGACCACCAGCUCUUUGAUCUGAUUGAAAGCAUGCUAGAGUAUGAACCAGCUCAGCGGCUGACCUUGGGUGAAGCCCUUCAGCAUCCUUUCUUCGCCCGCCUUUGGGCUGAGCCACCCAACAAGUUGUGGGACUCCAGUCAGGAUAUCAGUCCGUGACCAUCAGGCCCUGGGCCUCCCUGCAUCUUUUAUAGCAGUGAGUGUCCAGUCCAGGACAUUGGUGCUUUUUUAUAAAAGAGAACAGAGCCAGAGUUCACUCUUUCCUGCUGGUUCUCUAUAUACCUGUGAAUAUGUGAAACAGUAAAUAUGAAAGAACUUGCACCUAUCACUUCAACCCCUGCGUUGUACAUAAUGCUAUUCCAUCCACACACUUUCCACCCUCACCUGUCCCCUCAUACAGAGUUGGAUGGGGGCCGAGUGAGGUAACCAGGUGGCAUCUACCCCAUGUUUUAUAAGGAAUUUUGUACAGUCUUUGUGAAAUGAAAUAACAUGCUUCAUUUGACCCGCCCCCCAAAAAAUUAGUUGGGCGUAGUGGUGCACACCUGUGGUUCCAGCUCCUCAGGAAGCUUACACACAAAGAUUGCUUGAGCCUGGGAGGCAGAGGUUACAGUGAGCCAAGAUUAUGCCACUGCAAACUAGCCUGGGUGAUAGAGCGAGACCCUGUCUCAAAAAUUAAAAAAAAAAAAAAGUGAAGUGAGCCUCCCUAAAGGGCACCAUUGUUGGAAAGGCCUAAAUCUGGAAGUGCCUUCCACUGAUCCUUCAGUGAGGAGUGCCUGACCCUUCAUGGAAGUUCUCUUUUUCCACAUAAUAAUAGUCCAAAAGGUUUCAUAUGGAGGAGUCUUGACAGGUCAGGGGAGGGAGAGGCCCAACCUGCCUCUUAGGGUUUGGUAGGGUUUGGGAAUGUGAGAGAGGCCUGUUAACCAUGAGAAAAACUCCUAGUCCAAAGUAAAAUAAAGAAAAGAGUUUGGGCCAAGACAAACAUUUUAAUUCUCUAUGCCUUAUGCUGGGAACUCAUCUUGCCCCAAUUCAAAUGUAAGCCUUCCCUAUAGAAAGUAAUUUUUUUUUUUUUUGAGACAGAGUUUUGCUCUUGUUGCCCAGGCUGGAGUGCAAUGGCAUGAUCUUGGCUCACCGCAACCUCCACCUCCCAGGUUCAAGUGAUUCUCCUGCCUCAGCCUCCCAAGUAGGUGGGAUUACAGGCAUGCACCACCACUCCCAGCUAAUUUUGUAUUUUCAGUAGAGACGGAGUUUCUCCAUGUUGGUCAGGCUCGCCUCAGACUCCCAACCUCAGGUGAUCUGCCCUGCCUCAACCUCCCAAAGUGCUAGAGAAGCUAGAAUUACUGUACCCGGCCCUAAAGUAAGCACUAGUCUUACCUCUAGCACCAUAUACCAUGACAAUAAAAUGAUGCCAUUAAUUGUUUAUUGUAAUGCAUAUAAGAAAUUAUUAUAAUAAAAAUAUUGCAAAUAUUUUACUAUACAAAUUGCUUUCAGUUAUAUUGCAAUUUUCUUUUUCUAUUUUUUAUUUUUUAAAAAAAUUAGAGACGGAGGUCUGGCUAUUUUGCCGAGGCUGGUCUCGAACU